AAGGUCCCUCGGUCCCAGCUAUGCCUUAUAACUGAAAGUUACUUGCACAGUUUUAUUUUAAUGAACGACACAUUUAUGAACAAUCAAAUGAUCCUCGUAAAAUUUUUAUUGAAGGACAUAAAAGCAUCCGCCACUACUUGCCGAACAAUGUAGCCUCUCCCAGAAUAGAAAGAUGAGAGACACGAGAGUGUUGUUGUUAUUGUUAUUGUUAUUUCCCACUCGCGUUUCCCCCAGCACAUUCCUAUCUCGCCAUUAAUACACAUCAUUAAUAGAUUCUACAUUAAUACCCAGACACCCACUUAAAAUAUACACACAUACAUACACACAUAAGCCAGAAGAGCACAUGACACCAGGACUUCUUGCUCUUAAGUAGGCUGACGAAUGUGCAUUGCAGAACUGAUGACCCAAAAAAAAUCCAUUUUUUUCAGGCACAGAAAAAAAGACAGGAAAAAAUAUAUAUAAGAUCAUAGCCAGUCGUGGGUUGGUGCUAAAGAGGGGGUGAGUUAGCAGCAGAAUUCUGGUAGGACCUUGAGGCGACCCCCCGCCCUCCUCUUUUAAAGAUAUUCCAUGUAAUGUAUCCAUUAUAGAAUACACGCUGUAGAAGCAGAGCGAGCUAGCAGACAGAGACAAAUUGCGUCAAGAAAUAGUUCCUGUGAUACCUUGCUACACCAGCUACCUUGCACGCUCAUUAACUGCAGGGCUAUGGCAAAACCAGGUCGCAGAGCCCGCCAGCCAAGGAGCCAGCGAGUCGCCUUUCCGCGGAAUGGCACGUAAGAUCCAACUGCUGCUAAUAACUGCAUUAUUUCAAGAUCUUCUUUUUCUCUCUCUUUUUUUUUCUAAUGAAAACCCAAGUCGCCUAGGGGCUAUUUAAGGGCCCCCCCCCCGAAAAAAAUAGAAGGAGAGAGGAGGAAAGGAGGGGAAAAAAGACCUGCGGAUUGAUCUACACUGUAUUUUUGGGUAAAUACAAUCACGUGAGCGCUGGGAGCCAAUGGCAAACUGGGAAAGGCUGAAAAAAUAAUUACCUGCCCUGAUUGUUCUAUGAGAAGAUAAAAAGUACACAUACAGUUCAUACAAUAAUCUUAUGAAUGUAAAAGAGUGGGGAACAAUGUCGGCUUCGGGUCCCAUUAGCAACUAUUAUGUAGAUUCCUUGAUUAGUCAUGAAAGCGAAGAACUGUUGGCUUCAAGGUUCCCAGCUACUGGCUCGCACCCCGCUGCAGCCAGACCUUCAGGAUUAGUACCGGAGUGUGCAGAUUUUCCAUCCUGCAGCUUUGCCCCCAAACCGGCCGUGUUUACUACUUCGUGGGCUCCCGUGCAUUCCCAGUCGUCCGUGGUCUACCACCCGUACACCCACCAGCCUCACAUUGGAGCUGACACCAGAUAUAUGCGCACUUGGCUGGAGCCUAUCUCCGGCGCUGUCUCCUUCCCGGGUUUUCCAGCCAGCAGCCGGCACUACGGGCUUAAGCCCGACGCCUUCCACGGCCGCAGGGACUGCGGACCGGUGGACGCACGUAGUUAUCCGGAUUAUAUGUACGGGUCCCCGGGAGAUCUCAGGGACAGAACCCCGCAGACUAUACCCUCCCCGGAAUCUGAGGCCAUCGCUUCCAACAAACACAAAGAAGAAAAGACCGAAUUGGACCCUAACAAUCCCGUGGCAAAUUGGAUCCAUGCACGCUCUACACGGAAGAAACGGUGUCCCUACACCAAGUAUCAGACGCUGGAAUUGGAAAAAGAGUUUUUGUUCAAUAUGUACCUUACACGGGACCGCCGCUACGAAGUGGCCCGGGUUCUUAAUCUCACGGAGCGCCAGGUCAAAAUCUGGUUUCAGAACAGGCGAAUGAAAAUGAAGAAAAUGAACAAGGAGAAAACCGAUACUAAGGAGCAGCAGUGAAAUUGGCCGAGUCCCUCCUCGGGAGGAAGGAGAAACCGAGGCGCUGCUGGGUCUGCCUUGGGGGUGCGAAAGGUUGCUGACUUUUUUUCAUUGUGCAGAGAUGAGUGUUUAGAGUUAGUUCAGCACAGCAACCGCUCUGGAACAAGAGACAAAAAAAGCGCUUUUCUAAAAAAACAAAAGAAAAGAAAAAAGAAUAACAAGAAUUGCAACUAAAAAUAACAAACGUUUCGUUCUUUUCAGAAAACAGCAAAGUACUUGAAAUUGUUUUUGUUUUUGUUCUUAGUAUUUUAUUUGGUAACUUAAAUUUACCCAGUUUUUUUUUAAUUAUUAUUUCAUGACGUCGCGGCUGCGCAUUUUGUACAAAAGGAAAGAGGACAAAUCGGGGAGGGGGGAAGAAGACGAAAGGAAGGGGGGUUGAUCGCUCCAACAAUGUUUCUGUCAUAGUGUUGAACGUUUCCGGUGUACUUAUUGGUGUCUUUUUUGACUGUCACAGAACCGUUCUGUAAUGCUGUUAUGUUUUGCUGUGGUAGAGCAGCUCUCUGUAUAUAGCUAACGUCACAAAAAUAGAGGGGAAAAAACCGUUUCUUAA